GACCUCCAGUAGUUUUUUGUUUAUUACCAUGAUUGGGUUGUCACGAAAUCUGCAUGCCAGUUUUUUUUUCGCGAGUUGCUGACGUUGUCCAAUCACGCGAGGCGUUGUAUUGCAAGUUCGGCAGGCGAUCGGAGGAUGAGUCCCGCCUAACCAAUCGUUGGAGACAUUACUUGCGAGCUGGGUUUUGAUUUAUACGGCUCCCUAAUUUAUGGAGAGAGUAUACGAUGACGAGGAUGACAAACAUUUACUGCUGGAAGAGAUGUGAUAGAAAUGUAAGCCAUGCCAGUACCAUUCCGGCUUCAGUUUUCUUAUUACAAGAAAGAGCAUCGUCAGUAUAGAUCAUUCACUCUGUCAGAGUAACGACAGUUACUAUCUCUGUUUCAUUGUGAAGAAGAAUUAAUUAUAAAAUAGAUACUGGGACAUCUUUUUAACGGAAGAUGCAACCCUCUAAAGCCGUGAUGGCUUUCACGGUGGACUCUCUGAUUGCAUCAUCGCUACCGAGUCAGCCCCCGGUGAGCAGCGCGCCGUCGUAUCAUCACUACCCGGGCUUCGGGAGCUUUUUACCGGCGCACCUUCACGGGAGCGCAGCGGUCGUCCCGGCUCACAGCAACGGACUUUUGCAUCAUCACCUUCACCAUCACGCCGCGUCUCAACAACACUUGCCGUAUAACACUUCAAUGAGAGGCCCUCCUCUUCACCUGAUCUCACCGCCACAUCAAAUUCUUGCAGAUAUGGAAAACCCUUCCAUUCCGAAUAUAAGGACUUCACUAGGUAGUCAACAGCCAGAAUUAUACCCACCAAGAACUAUGGUUGGUCACCUACCUACGGAUUCCGUGACAUCUCACCAUCAAGAACCAAUCUGGAGGAGGUCUUACAGUGAAGAGACACAUUCUCCUUGCUCAAGAGAAACGAAUUCUUCCUUAAUAAGUGAUCGUUUUAUCCAAACUGAGAUGAGUCCUUUAUCGGAUUCUGACGGGAAGAACGAUGUUGAUUGCCGGAGCGACCACGGAGACUGUGCUGACUCUCCGCUCCAAGACGACCCGGAUGAUGACCAAGCUGAGUCCGGUGGAGACGGCGAUGGGUGCGGUACCCGAGGUGGCUCCAAAUCACGGCGCCGUAGAACAGCUUUUACCAGCGACCAACUGCUGGAACUGGAGAAGGAAUUCCACAGUAAGAAAUAUCUGACUCUAAGCGAGAGAUCGCAGAUCGCCAGGGCUCUUCAUCUUAGUGAAGUCCAGGUUAAAAUCUGGUUCCAGAAUCGCAGAGCAAAGUGGAAGCGACUGAAAGCCGGCAUAACGAGUGGGCGUAACGGGGUAAACCCAAACCCUAAACUGGUAGUUCCUAUUCCUGUUCAUGUGAAUCGUUUUGCCAUACGGUCGCAACAGCAGUGUCGGCCCCGCUUGCCCGAGCCGAACGACCCCAUUCCACAGAUUGGUUUGCAUAGAAACAUCAGUAGCAUUGGGGAGUUGUACGGCAAGAUCGCCACGGCGUAGCGACCAACCACAGAGAAAUCUUGGAAUACACGCUGUCAAAAAAUGCUGAACCGACUCCAAAGAAGAGUGGGAGAUAACAUAACUUCAUUUUGAUGACGAGGACAGAGUAAAUAGUCAUGUCAAAUUGCUCCUUACAUAAAGCAACAAAUCGUUACUUUGAAGCCUGGUUCAUACUUAAUGCGAAGUGUAGUGUGAUACGAAUUUUGAAGUCACAGGUCUGUUUUCGCUGUGAAUGUUUUGCAGAAGUUGCCCACAUUUCAACUGAUGCAAAUUUUUCGUUGCGAAAUUUGUGACGUCAAAAUUUGUAUCGUAUUUGCAUUUGCAGGAAGUAUGACCCGGGCUAUUCAUACUGGAAACAACACACCUUGCAAAUGCAUGUAAAUGUAUAGUUUGAAAUACAACGUUUCAUGGAGUCGACAGAUUUGCAACUCGGGACAUUCACGAAUCGGUUAUAUCAGUCUUAUUAUACAAUAUAUCGAGUCCUGCGUGACGAGGAAAACAAAAUGGUGGACAUGUCUAAACUAGAUUGUUGUUAUCAUCUGAAUGUGUGCUCCGUAGUCUGUGUUUUGCAGUCGAAGCAUCAAUAAUUAUUCUGUAUGGGUAAAGACUUGGUUGUCAGUGGUAUUUGGAAUCAGUUUAAUGUCGUGAUACUGGGCACAACCAAGGCGUGACAUGAUUGGUCGGUUUUAAGAUGGGCUGCUUGGAUCUCCGACGAGGGUGUUCUCCUGGUAAGUUUUGGGAAAAUAAUUUAUAAGGAUUAUAGACGGAUAAUCCAAUCUUUGGGGUUUAUUGAUUAUACUCUUUGAUCGAUUAUCUGAGUUUCAAUUCAAAGUCAAACGUUUGAUAAAUGGACGAUCUGGGCCAUUCAUGAUUGCGUGAAGAUGGUAUAUUUAUUCAGGGUCAAUAUAUUCUGAAAGCAUUGGAUAUUGAAUUGAUAUCUUACCAUGGAUGCAAUUAUCACAAGGAUUCCUUCUGUCAACUUGAGUUAAUAUAAUAUUGUAUUCACGACUGUCUAUUCAGAUCUAUUAAGUAGGGUUUGUCGACUUUUUAAAACAUAACCCUAAAACGAGUUUCAGAAUAUUGUCAGACAGCAAUCACACAACAAACAUAGCUUGAACGCGUUUCCACGAUACUUGAUGUUGAAACAGCUUUUUGCAUAAAGCUUUUAAAAAUUCCAGGUCGUCUCAAGAUGUGCCGAAAAAAAAUAUAUUAAAAUUGUCGACAAAACAAACCUGUUGCUAAGAGUAUAAGACUGACCUAAAAAUAAUCUGACCGACAGUUCCAAUGUUGUAUUAGGGUGUGUCCCAAGGAAAAAAAAUGACUGGGAUGCAUUGCGAGUUACGCAUCAAACCCUGGUGGUGUGGGGUCUAUAUCACUAUUUAUUUCAUCACAUAAGAACGGUCAAAGUUCAUUCAUUUCAAACAAUUAUUUAUUUAUGUUCUGUAUACAUACCUUUUGAAUGCAAACAAUGCUCACUUUAAUUGUUGUUUUCAAUUGCAAACAUUGUUAAUGCACGGCUCAAUUUGUAAAUGACUGUCAGGCAACGGAAGCCCGAUUUUUUAUUUGCAAAAGUCUUGCGUUGAAUUGAAUGUAAACAAACAAGCAUUCAGACCUAUUCAUGUCUGGCUAAUUUAUGUCGGUCCGCUAAUUUCGUUUACUUGGUUGACAUAACUGUUAUGUUAAAUCGGGAAAAGAUGUUCGACUUGUCAAAUAUUGUGAAAGCCUGGAAGUGAAACAGCCUGCACUUUGAAAAGUGUCACGCUGGGUGUUUUCUUAAAACCGAAAAUAUGAUGACCAUUGUGUUUUGUACAAAAGGGUAUGUUUGUUAAGUGCGUUGUUUACAAAUCAUUUAGUGUUGCCCUCGGCUUGAGGAAAAUCCCAACCACAGUUGGGCCUGUCCCUAACUGUGCCCAACUACGACUGAGACAGGUAUUAUACAUUAAGUGUUCCAAGCUGGGACACACCCAACUGUUGCAAGGGCAGUUUCUCAAGUCGGGGUGUGACAUGUACAUGGACACAUUAGUGUCAGUGGAGCAAGAAAUAGAAUUAUAUUAUUGUUGACAUAAUGGCGUUGUUUAUUAUGGGUAUAUGUUAAGUUUAUUUCAAUUUUCCUGUCCUACUCUGCUAUUAUUUGAAAGAUAUUUAUGGGUUUCCCCAGUGUCUAUUGAAAUUUAUUUUUGGGAAAAACUUAACGUUUUGAAAGUGUUUUGAUGAAAUAGGCCUACGCAUAGCUAACUAAGACGAGGAUAACCUAUACGACAGUUUUAACGAGAAAAAUCAUUAUGAAAUCGUCCAUAGAAAACUAUCUACAAUCGAAAUUGUUGGUCUGGUAAAUAAGUGUUUUGUCUCAUUCAGUAUUCAAACACACCCAAGACACACUUUAAAUAUAUUUACUAUUAUUGGGACAAAGUGCUUUGUGUUAUGGAAACGGUCGUAACGAGAAGGGAGUACCUGUUCGCGUGUUAUCUCGCGUUAGUUGGGACACAGAACCGUCUAUAAAAUGCAAUGUCCAUGCUCUAUACAUCGGGUACCGUACUGUAAGUCGUAUGUUAACGAAUGUUAAACAGGUUGAUGUUUGAAUGUGAUAUUAAACACACUGAUGAAAGUUACUAUAAAACAGA